GAACGAUGCAGAAGGGGGAGGGGCAAAGGAGGGGGCUCCUAGGAUUGCUAAACAAGCUUUUCGGGAUUCUUGACUGUUUACUAAAACUCGACGCUUGGUGAAAACAAACGCGGGCAGACUUUGAUCGAAGUAUUGGCCUGGGAAAAUGACGUAAUAAACGAGUGUGCGAGGACGUCGCGUUGCUACGUAUAGUGACCGGAAGAAGAAUUAAAUGCUCUUCCACGAGAUGGCAGAAGGUCGGGAAACACUGCGAUGCUUCAGCUCGGAAGCCUGUUGACCCGGUUUCAGGUCGGCGGCUGCUCGGCUCCAGAGAGUUCAAAAGGCCAGAAAGUGCAGCAAACACUGACGGACGUCCUUCAGCAUGUCAGGAAACUCACCGGGCUGAGGAAGGAGCACGUCUAUUGCAAUCUGCGGAUCCCCGACCAGUGUGAAAUUGUCAAAGAUGACAUUGACAUUGUGAUACUCACAGGCCGAGGGAUCUUCUGCAUUGACAUAAAACCCUGGCGAGGUCUGGUGUCCGCUCACGACCAAAAGUGGCACGUUCAAGUGAAGGAAAAAGAUCAGAACUUUAGCAACACUUGCAUCGAACAGAUGGAGGACCCCCUCAAAGCCAUCACGUUGAAGACGUCUCACUUGUGCGGCCAUCUGAGGCGGAGUGGCGUGCCCGUGCAUCAGUCUCUCUUCUUCCCCAGGGCGGUCUUCCCGUCGCCGGAAUGCGAGCUCGCCGAGGGGCUCCGGGAGCGGCGCGAGCUGGUGUCGCACGACCAGUUGGACCACUUCCUGCGAUCCUUCAGGGAGGACUACAUGGCCUGGAUGUUGGACGCGCUGACUCCCUCCUGGCUCUCUGGUCAUCUAUCGUACGGGCAGAUGGCGUCGGUGCAGAAGGUCCUGAGGCGCUCGCCGACGUGGGAUUUCAUGUGGCUUCGCAGCGGCGUGCAGCUCAAGGGCGACUUCCAGGGCUGUUGCUACAUCGCGCUGGACCGCAGCGAGACCGACACGCUGGAGUUCUCUGGGCUCAAGACAAUGUGGGCCCUGCUGGGGCGCGCCCCUCAGGUGACUGUCAAAAUGUACAAGCGUGGCUCGAACGGAUGGUUGGGCAAGACGCUGAGCGCCACUGCAACCGUUCCCUCCGACACCUUGGUGGUCUUCCGGGUCAGCGGCGAGAAAGCGGACACCAAAAUCCCGGCCAACGCCAUCCACAGCAUCACGCUCAGCAUAUAAGAAGUCGUAGUAACGCAAAUGGUUGACUUUAGCUAAGAACAUAGCCCUGAGUGCCUUUUUACGAUUCUGUUAUACUGUAAACACUUUAUGUAAGAAAAGAAAACAAAUUGUAUUAAUAUAAUCUUCAGUGGCAAUAUUACAGUUGUUUUUUCGCUUGA